UGUUUCUCGUUUGCCUGGACAGAGCUGGGGUUGUCAGAGUCCGUACCCUAUCUAGAUAGGCCUCCGUCCCCGCUGGAGUUUUAUCGAGAAUGGGUGAGUCCGAAUAAACCUUGUAUAAUUCAGAACGCCAUCAGCCACUGGCCGGCUCUGAAGAAAUGGACCUCAGCGUACCUCAGGGAGGUAGUAGGUCCCAAGGUAGUGAGUGUGGCAGUAACACCAAAUGGUUAUGCAGAUGCGGUGUUUCAAGACCGUUUUGUCAUGCCAGAGGAGCGCCAAAUGCCUUUCAUGGACUUUUUGGACAUUGUGGAGAAGAAAGUGAUCUCUCCCAACGUAUUCUAUGUGCAGAAGCAGUGUUCAAACCUCACCGAGGAGUUCCCUGAACUUGUCCGUGAUGUGCAGCCUGACAUACCAUGGAUGAGUGAGGCACUUGGGAAGAAGCCUGAUGCUGUCAAUUUCUGGCUUGGGGAAUCAGCUGCUGUGACAUCUUUACAUAAAGAUCAUUAUGAGAACUUGUACUGUGUGAUAUCUGGAGAGAAACAUUUUCUACUGCAUCCACCGAGUGACCGUCCCUUCAUCCCAUAUGAGCUUUAUCAGCCAGCAACCUACCAGGUAUCAGAAGAUGGCUCAUUUGAAAUUGUGGAUGAGAAGAGUGCAGAUAAGGUGCCCUGGAUCCCCCUGGACCCAUUGAACCCAAAUCUGGAACAGUACCCAGAGUAUGCUCAGGCAAAACCUUUGCAGUGUACAGUGAAAGCUGGUGAGAUGCUAUACCUGCCUUCUCUCUGGUUCCAUCAUGUUCAGCAAUCACAUGGCUGUAUAGCAGUGAAUUAUUGGUAUGACAUGGAAUAUGACCUUAAGUACAGCUAUUAUCAACUACUAGACUGUCUCACAAAAACUGUGAAAGUGUUAUAGCAGAGGUGGGAGACUUGAGCUUGUGAUCUCUCUCUCUGAUGGGAUACAAUCAUCAGCAUCUGUGACUGGAGUACAGACAUGAUUCAAGUGAAAAGAACUGAACAUUAAAUUAUCCUCAACAACGUCUAUCAAACAGAUCAUGGCUAUUUUGCUUGAUUUCAGAGUCCAGAUCAAUUGGCCAGAUUUUUUGGCUUGUAAGUAGAAGGUUUGAUAAUAGCAUUUUUAGGUCUUUGCAUGUUGCCUCAGUGACGGUGAGCAAAAUCAAACUUGAAGGGAGGCAA